GUGCUGUUGUGUUCAGGACCCUAUAAAAAGAGCCGCCCAUUCUCUGAAACUCAAAACACUGACUCGGCUCAGACCAGAGACACAGCAUCUUCACCCUAACACAAGAAACAACAACAACAACAACUGAGAAAAUGGACCCUUGCGACUGCUCCAAGAGUGGAACCUGCACCUGCGGAGGAUCCUGCACGUGCACUAACUGCUCCUGCACCACCUGCAAGAAGAGCUGCUGCUCAUGCUGCCCACCUGGCUGCAGCAAAUGUGCCUCUGGCUGUGUGUGCAAAGGGAAGACGUGUGACACCAGCUGCUGUCAGUGAGGCGCCUGUGACAUUGGCCUCUUCAGCCCUUGUGAUGGAGCCUGUAUAUACUUUGACUAAUUGUCUUCAGUAAAUGGAUUUUGUACUUGUCCAGUGUUGAAAUAAACUUGAUUCCUUAAA